UCCCGACAUCGAAUCUUUCGGUAGGAGCUCAGAAGUGCUCAUUCCAGCCUUGAUUCGUCGAAACUAUUGAACCAUAAAGACCCCAACACGAUGAAGACGUGGAUGUUGGACCCAGCCACGAAAAAAGUUGCGAAUACCACUACGCCUGUACCAGGGAAAAGUAUCCCGGUCAGCUCAGUGCUGUCCGAUACAUCUCAGAUGCAGGUCGGGACGGUGCCUACAGUGCGUACACCUUACUUCCGAGUCAACAGGCAGAAUGCGGGCCUGAUUGCCGGCCUAAUCGCGACACAGCGGUUCGAACCUGAGACUGCCCCACUGCCAUUAUAUGCUUGCACUGCUGGUUUCCAGGCUGACAAAGAAUACAAUACUAUGCUUCGAACCGUGAAGGCGAUCAACAGCAGUGUAAUCGCUAUGUUCGAGCUCGAUCAAUUCCGAAUUCUCGCGAGCAGCAACAUGGUCCUUCCCGGAAACGCGAACGAGUUCAGUGCCAGCGGCACCUUCUCUUGGGCGAACGCGGCACCCGACGCAGUCACACUGGAGCUCCGGGACAAGCUGCGCGCACGGUUCAACAACGACACCAGUCUCGCCGUAGCGUCUGUCGCCUCCAUGCCUUCGUUUGAGAUGGACAUUUCCGAUUCGCGAUGGAUUGUCAACAUCGGAUUGCCUGCAUUGAGCGCUACGGAUACCUUGAUUUUGGUGGCCGCGGUUCCCAGGUCUGAGAUCUACGGUGUGAUCGACGCCGCGCGAGCUCGCAGUCGAGGAAUCUCGGCAGGCAUCAGUGUGGCCGCCGCCUUCACGGUUGCAGUGGUUUUUGUCCUCGCAGUGCUCCCAUUAUACGCUCUUGCCAAGCAAAUGGAGCAGCUCACCAAGCUGGAUUUCGGAACCCUCGAGUCGUCGGGUGCGUUGGAGAAACGCAGUUUGAUCUGGGAGCUUCGUCAAGUGCAGAUCGUAUUCGGCACGAUGGUGAAAGCAUUCGCGGGCGCGAUCAAGAAGAACAAACAAAUAAUGAACAAACAACAGUCAAACAGCCAAGUAGGCGCUGGUACCCGCAGCGCGGGCACCGCCGCAAACCAGAGCCGCCAGGUGCUCCCGGUUGGCCGUUCUGCCGCACUUUAACUAUAUGUGUAGGGGGCAAGGUCUUCUUUGCAGGAGACGCAAUCCCAUAUAUCUGGUGCUGUUAUCUGGUUUUCGUAGGGACGGAAGAAA